AUGAUGCGAAUGAACGCGGAGGCUUCGGCGGAAAGGGCAGCGGGACCGGGGCGCGCCCUGCGCCUGCCUCGGAGCUGGCAGGCGGGCGCGUUUGUGCUUCCGCCAAGGUGGCUCUGGGGGUACUUUCGGAAGUUCCGCGGAAUCGGGGAGGGUCUUUUUCCGGCGUACCCGAGCUUUAUCGUCGUCUUCUGGUCCUUCAUCGCCUCGUUUAUUGGUGCGCGCCUCGUUCCCUUUUUUCUUUCACUGGCUCUCACAAGCGGUGUGCUCAUCUUCGGAACCAUCGACUCGCCCUUUCAUCUUCCGCCCCCCUUCCCCCCCACACUUCCUCCCUCAAUGUUUGCAGGCAUAGCCCUGUGCGCGUUUCUCGCGUUCAACACGAGCAUGCAGCAGACCCUGAGCCUCUACCCGACAAGCACUAGCAGCAGCACAACUGAAACCGGCCAGCAGCAGCAAGCGUCGUUUAUGAUUGGCUCGUUUGGCGCCACAGCGGUGCUCAUCUUCGGAACCAUUGACUCGCCUCUCUCGCAGCCCCGGAAUGUGGUCCUCGGGAGUGCCGUUUCAGCGGUGAUCGGCGCGCUUAUAGCGGAGAUCUUCGCUAUAGGCGGGCUCGCGUUUUCUAAUACGUCGUGGCUGUGGCUACAGUGCGGUCUUGCGGUUUCCUUAUCCAUAGUGGCCAUGCAGCUGCUGCGUAUCGUCCAUCCCCCUGGGGGUGCUUCAGCACUCAUUGCUGUCAUGUCGCCUCCCUCUCUGCGCUGCCACGGCUUCUUUGUGCUCACUCCCGUGCUGCUGGGAGUGUGUAUCAUGCUCACUGUCGCUCUCUUUGUCAACAAUAUCGCCCGACAGUACCCUCUGUACUGGUGGCGGCCAAUCAUCCUUGACAUUCCCGUGCCAGAGGGCUCCACGCACCACUCCCUGUGCUCACUCACCCACCUGUGCCUCUUCCCUGCUCUUUCCCCAUUCCUAUCCUACCCUUUCUCACCAGGUACCCUCUGUGCUGGUGGCGGCCAAUCAUCCUUGACAUUCCCGUGCCAGAGGGCUCCACACAUCACUCCGCCUGCUCACUCACCCACCUGUGCUCUUUCCCCUCUCCUUCCCACUUUCAACCCACUCCACCCACCAGGUACCCCCUGUACUGGUGGCGGCCACUCAUCCUCGACAUUCCCGUGCCAGAGGGCUCCACACACCACUCUCUGUGCUCUCUCACCCACCUGUGCCUCUUCCAGUUCACUUACCUUCCAACCAUUCCUCACUCCUUCCCACUCCUUCCACCCCCCCCUCACCAGGUACCCCCUGUACUGGUGGCGGCCAGUCAUCCUGGACAUUCCCGUGCCAGAGGGCUCCACGCACCACUCCGCCGUGACAGCAGGCGAGGCAUACCACACAAUACAGCACCUGCACGCCGUGCACUCCUCCGUGCACCACGCCUCUUCCCAGCUGCCCUCCCAACAGCCCUCUCAACCGCCCUCUCAGCUGCUGCCACUGUGCCUGCCUUCAAGCGAUGCACAGCGCGUCCACGCCGUACACUCCCCUGUGCAACCCUCCGUGCAACCCCUCGUGCAACCCGCCGUGCAACCCCCCGUGCACCACGGUAUGGGCCAUGCCGCGGGCCAUCGCAAUAGCAACAGCAGCAGCAGCAGCAGCGCUCGAGAGCAUGGCAUUCAUGUGACUGCAGGCGAGGCGUACCACACGAUUCCGCACAUCCACGCCGUGCAUUCCCCCGUGCACCAUGCCAUGCCGCAUCAGCCCCUCGGCCUCCACUCAACCAGUGACGCUGCGACAGCUGGCGGGGUGCUUCACAGGGUAGGGAACACCCAUCCGCUGCCAGCGCUUUCACAGCAUGUCCAUCCGCAGCAAUCAUCGGCGCAUGCGGUGCAGAGCGGUACAGAUGCUGAGGAGGACGGGUCAGCGAGUCGUGUUCAUGGCGGCACGGCGUACAUUCAAGGAGGGCGUGCGAGAGCGGUAACAUGUAACGAUGCUGGUUACGCGUGCACGCAGCAGGGCACGCAGACGGCAACCGCGGCAGAAGCAUUGGCAGCAGAGCUCACCUUUCGGAUUCUCCCUCCUUGUUCGACUCCCGUUUCUCUUACCUUUCCUCCCCUCUCUCCCUGUUUCUCUUCCCGUUUCCUGUUCUCCACCUCCCCACUCCUCUCCCUCCCUCCUCCUCUCUCGUUUUUCUUCCAGAAACGCGCUCAGUGGCAUGCAGGCAUCAUAGCGUCGCCCCUCAAUUGCUCCACUCCCGCUCCUGAUGCUCCCAACACUCCUUCCCAUGCACUCACCACCACCACUCGAGCACGCUCCUCCCAUGUCUGCGUCUUUCUGCCCCGGGAUGCCACCUUUGUUUGGAGCUCUCCAGACUCUGUGCUCCACGUGUGGAUCAAGCCCGACCCGCUUGGCCCGUAUGCUAGGCCCGUACUCAGGAAGCUGGUGUCUAUGUGUGAGGGAAGUGGUGGGGAGGAGCGGGAAGCUGUUGGUAGUGGUGGUGGUUCUGCCUUUGGUGGUGGUGGUGGUGCUGCUGCUGCUGCUGCUGCUGCUGCUCGUUUUGGUGGUGCUGUUGGGUUGAAGAAUGCUGGCGUGUCAGCAGGAGAUGCUGCCACGUCAGCUGGGCGAGGGAGGGAGGCCAAUCCGCUUCCUGCUUGGGCGAAGCCGGCUAAGCAAGCAACGGAGGGCAGGGGUAGUGGAGGCGGGGAGGGAAGCGGGCAACGAGGAGAUGACAGUGAGAACGCGGGUGGAGAUGGGGAAGAUGAUGGAGGGAGUGAGGGAGGGAGAGGAAGGAGUGACGGUGUGAGAAAAGGGAAGGAGAAUCAAGAAGUGGGAGGGAAUCAGAGAAGGAGUCGAGGUGGUGGUGGUGGUGGGAGUGAGUCAGGCAAGGAGUGGAUUCUGAGGCGCAUGAGGAGGGUUGGGGUGCUGACAGUGGCGACAGAAAUACUCGACUUGAGUGACCAGGUCCCAUUAGAGGCUGUGGUGCUGACGGCUCGCUCCAUCUCGUUCUGGUCUGGCUUUGCUGAAAGGGGUGCUGGAGCCGAGUCGUAUGAGCAGCAGGGAGAGCUGUUGAGCGACCUCUGCCAGGCAGGAGCUCUCUUCAGCCAUCCUCUGAUCGCACGUCUCAGACCUCUGGAAAGUCUCCCUCCCGCCGCAACCAGCAGCAGCGCGGGGUGCCUUCAAGCGCCCUCUGUUUCCUCCCUUGCUAUUCAUUCACUCUGUCUGUACCCCCGUCUCCCCCCACCAGGAGCUCUCUUCAGCCAUCCUUUGGGCAAACGUGGAAGACCUCUGGAAGGUGUCUCAGCCGCCGCAACCAGCAGCAGCGUGGGCGGCCUUCAAGCACCCUCUGCUGGCCGCAGUGGCAGCGUGUGUGGUGACGGGCACGCCUGGCAGGGAGAGGCUCUGGUCCAAAAACGGAAGGAAUGGGAGGAUCUUUGGGGAUCUCCAGUCUCUUCCCUUAAAUUUUCUCUUCCUCUGACCCAUGCCUCUCCCCUCCAGGAGCUCUCGUCAGCCGUCCUCUGGGCGCACGUGGAAGUGCUCUGGAAGGACUCUCUCCCGCCGCAACCAGCAGCAGCGUGGGCGGCCUUCAAGCGCCCUCUGCUGACCGCCGUGGCAGCGUGUGUGGUGACGGGCACGCCUGGCAGGGAGAGGCUCUGGUCCAAAAACGGAGGGAUCUUUGGGUUCCUUCCCUCUGCUGUGGGCGGUGGCGGUGGUUCUGCUGGUGGUGGUGGCGGUGGUGGUGGCGGUGGUGGUGGCGGUGGCGGUGGCGGUGCUGGUGGCGGUGCUGGUGGUGGUAACGGUGCUGGUGGCGGUGCUGGUAAUGAUGGUGGUGCCACUGCUGCAAUUCUCGCAUCUCCUGGGACUGUGAACCGUAAUGUUGUGGGCACAGAAGCUGAUGCUGCUGCUGCUGCUGCUGCUGCUGCUGAUGCUGCUGCUGCUGCUGCUGCUGCUGCUGAUGUUGCUGCUGCUGCUGCUGCUGCUGCUGCUGCUGCGGCUGUGCCGGCUGGUACUACCUGUGCUAAGGCCAGGCCUGGGGAGCUUUUCUGCAGUGCUCAUGCUGAUGCAGGGGUGUCAGGGGGGGAGGGGGUGGGAGUGAGAGAUGGGGUAGUGAAUAGUGAGGGGGACAGGGGGAUUGAGACAGCACGAAUGCAACGGGGAGGGGGGGAAGAAGCUUUAAGGGAAGGAGGGGGGAGAGGAGGAGAUGGAAGGGUGUUGAGAGGUGGAGAGGGGUUGAGCGAUGGGGAAGUGGAUUUGGGGGAGUUGGAACCCAUUGGUGACUUUUCCUUAGGCAUGUAUGGUUCUGGUGCUGAUAGUGUGUGUGAGCGAGCUGUUGGCAUUGGUGAUGAGGAGGAGGAGGGCCGUGGGAAGACCCAUGAGGAGGAGGAGGAGGAGGGCCGGCACAUGACGGGUUGUGAUGAGGAAGGUUACCAUAAGUAUGGUGGUUACCACAAGGAUGGUGGUUACCACAUGCGCAGUCAGGGGCUCUGCGAGGAGGCACAUCGUGACAGUGAUGGCACUGCUCGUAACCGUGACUACAACGAAAGUGAUUCUAUCCGUGGUGACUAUGAUGAAGCUGAUGAUGGUAAAGAAGGUGAGAGUGGUACCGAAGUGAGAGAGCUGAAGCUCCAGGUGAGGCAGCUGUUUGGAGCGUUUGUUGAGGGAGACGUAGGGCAGUGGGCUGCCCUGGCUGGUGGGUGGGCAGCCUUGGCAGGCGGACCGGGAUUUGAGGCGCCCCGAAAGCUGUUUGGAGCGUUUGUUGAGGGAGACGUAGGGAAGUUGGCUGCCCUGGCAGAUGGACCGGUAGCAGUUGGUGGUAUUGCGGAGAGUGGUAUGAGGGAUGGUGAUGUGAGGGAGGGUGACAUGGGGGACGGUGAUAUGAGAGAUGGGGAAUCAAGGGAGAGAGGUGUGAGAGAGAGUGGCUUGCGACAGGGUGAUGGGGUGCCUGCCCUCAGCGCGGCUCCGCUGUGUCGUCUGUCAGAGAGGAUAGAUACCCUUGUGACUCGAGCUGCUGCUGCUGGCGAUACUUCUGGUGGUGGUGGUGGUGCUGCUGCUGCUGCUGCUGCCGCUGCUCCUGCUGCUAAUACUUCUGGCGAUGUUAACUCUCAAGAGAACCCUCAAGUGAACCCGGGCCUAUGGCAGCUGCUGCAGCUGGUGUCUGCUCGGUUGAACGCUCUGCGGCCAGUGGUAGAGCGCCAGCGGAGCAGAAUGGACGCUGGCGAUUGGUGGAGAGAGGACUGGAAGGGGUGGAGGGAGUUGGUGCUGAGGGGAGGUAGCAGAUGGAAGAGAAAAAAGCUUCGUGAAGCAGGUGGUGCCAUGUCCAAAGGAGAGAGAGAUUCCCUGGUGGUGUGUGCGGAUCUGAGUGGGGGGAAAGAGCGGGUGCCGAUACUAUGUGUGGUGGACGGGGCAGUGAUGCAGGGAAUGAGGGGUGGGGAGAGGAAAGGGGAGGAGGAGGGAGGGGGUUGGGAGCGGUGGAGGGAGUUUGAGUACAUCACGCAGCGGUACUUCGACCCCAACCUUGGGCUCGAUCUCACUAGCUGGCAGCUGGGUUGUGAAUGCGAGGGCCCUGCCUGUGAUCCCAGGGUGUGUGACCACGUUGCGCACUCCCAGCAGGACACGGAGGGGGAAGCGUGUGACGUGAAUGGGGAGUCCAUGCGAGGACGCUUUGCCUACGACAGCAACGGCAGGAUCGUGCUUCAGAGAGGCCUCCUGGUCUACGAGUGCAAUGCACGCUGUGGGUGCGAUGCCCUCAAGUGCCCCAAUCGGGUGCUGCAGCGGGGCAUUCAGCAUCGCCUUGAGCUCUUCCUCACUCCUCACAAGGGCUGGGCGGUGCGAGCAGCAGAACAACUGAAGCGAGGCACCUUUGUGUGCGAGUACAUUGGAGAAGUGGUGGGCAGCACAGAAGCAGCCACACGCGCACAGGCAUACCCUGAGAUUGGCUCUUAUCUGUACGAUAUAGACGCACACAUGGACGCACCCCGUGCUGCUUUGCACUGCGGUUCAAGUGGGAAAUUAUCAAGAGAAGAGACGCGUAGUUCAAAGAACCAGGGCAAUGCGUUGGUCAAGAGAAGAAGGAGGUUGGCGCGGACUGGUGGGCGUGCUGCUGGGUGGGUGAGGAGAAGCGAGCAGCUGGAGAGGGAGAGAAUCAAAGAGAAAUGGAAGAGGGGUGAGGAGGGAUGGGAGGAUGAGGAAGAGGAGUUGGAGGAGAAGGGGGAGUGGUGGGAUGUGGGGAACAUGGAAGAAUGGGAGCUCGAGGAGGUGGGGCUGAAGAAGCCGCUGCGGCAGCAGCAGCAGCAGCAGCACUUUGUGAUUGAUGCGACGCGGCAGGGAAACAUCGCAAGAUUCAUCAACCACAGCUGCGACCCCAACCUGGUGAACUACUCGGUGCUUGUGGAGAGCAUGGACUGCCAGCUGGCGCACAUCGGCCUGUUUGCCGCCCGAGAUAUAGCAGCAGGAGAGGAGUUGUCAUAUGACUAUCACUACAGUUUAGUGGAUGAGGGGCUCCGGAUGGCGGAGGGCAGUGGCGCGGACGACGAUGCGCUGCUGCGGGAGUUCUUCGCUGAGGUCGGCGCGGUGGAGAGGGAUAACGAAGUAAACAGAGUCCUGGCGUGUUUCAAGCUGAAUCCGUUCGAGCAGCUGAACCUGCCGUUUGAUGCAAAAGUGGAGGACGUGAAGAAGCAGUACCGCAAGGUGUCUCUGAUGAUUCACCCGGACAAGUGCAAGCACCCUCAAGCACGAGAAGCAUUCGAUGUGGUGGCCAAAGCACAGGAGAAGCUUCUGAGUUCAGACGAAUGGGGUUACCUCACAUCACAGUUUGCAGCCGCCAAAGAGGAUGUCUUGAGAGAGCGCAAGAGGAGGCUGAAGAAGGAGAGGCAAGGCAAGCCGGCUGCAGACGGGCUGUCUAAAGCAGAGGAGGAAGCGGCCUUCCUGGCAUCAUCAGAGUUCAAGGAGCAGUGGCGGUUGAAGGCCCGUGAGCUUCUCACAGCGAACGAAUGGAGGCGAAGAAAACUCUCCAAGCGGAUAAAGGAAGAGGAGGUGAAGAUUCAGCAGGAGGAGGAGGAGACCAAGGAGAAGACGCUCAAGGAGAGGGAGCACACGCAGAAGUGGGAGGAAACCAGAGAGACGAGGGUCAGCAGCUGGAGAGACUUUCAAAAGAAGGGCAACAAGAAGGCGAAGGGUGAGCUCAAGCCUCCAGCCAUGCGAGCCGAAGAUCCAAAUAAAUCAUACGUGAGGCGACCUGCGAAGAAAGGAUGA